AGUGACGUGCGUGAGCCUUGAGGCGGAAUUAAAGGGCUAUGUUAGUGUGGCUCGUUGGUCUAGGGGUAUGAUUCUCGCUUAGGGUGCGAGAGGUCCCGGGUUCAAAUCCCGGACGAGCCCACCUUUGUUUGCUUCUAGUAAUUUAUUUAAAAUAUAUGUGCUAUCGCAUUUUGUUCUCUCUACUCUGCUUUGAAAAGUUGCGGCAGAGGACACUUAGGGAUGAGAAAUGGUAAAGUUACGGAGAACUACGAGUUGUUUUUGAAUUCUGUCUGAUGAUGCGAUUCCCCACUCUCCUGGCUGGCAGGCUGACGUGGCAGCUCCGAGAGCCUGUUUCUAGACCUCGCAGUGCAUCUGCUGUGAAAAUGGAAAUGGUCACACGUUCCCUUUCCAGGCCUAGCGCCAGGGAUCCCGUUCAGUAAAUAAAAUAGUGUAUGGGAAACUGAAGAAGGAAAGGAGCAGGUUGCCCUGACUGGACUGACUCCAUUUUUCAAAAGAACAGGAACUCCACCUUACACUCUUGGCGGACUUUGGACUGCAUACCUGAGGAGCCAUAGAGAUGAAAUACCAACAGCCAAGCAGGCCUCCCUGGCGGAUAAAAACCAGACCAGGCAGACCCCGUACCUAGACCUCCCAGAGCCAGAAGCCAGAGUGCUUGAGAUUUAUGGGAAGACACUUAUUGCACAAGAGCGCCUCGAGAGGCCGGACAACCUUUGUUAGCUCUAACGGGUACCGAGCGCCUGCCUGGGCCGGGCAGUCUGGUCGCCCGGGAGAGUCGGCCCUCCCGGGUCUUGGGGAUGCUUUCCGUGGAAGGCGCCACACGACGAGAGCUUUCGGUCCUUAAGAUGCUGAGUCUGGGGUCCUGCGGCGAGAAAGCGCCUGGAUCUUCCUAGAGGAGACGCAGAAGCUCGCCAGGCGGACACCCAGAGUCAACAUCCUCGGAGAACCACGGCCCAGUGGAAGCUUGUGACCUCGGCUGAGAGGUCACGUGAUGCUACAUGAUGGGAGCAGGCACAGAAGCCCACCCUUAUUCUCAGGAAAGGACAGAGACUCUACAUCUUGGCAGCCAAGCACACUCCCCUCCUACAGGCGCCUCCCUUUCUGCUCCUUCCACUUGGACCUGCCCACACUCAGCUGGCUCCCUACCAGUUAUUGUCUGGGAACAGUGAGACACAAAGGACUUUCUGAGUUCCAUGAUCACAAGGAUAUGUUGUCUAUGAGAGCUACAGCAAAAACCAAAGGAAUUAAGCCAAAACAUGUGAAGGAUCUCAUACCUCUGAUGAUACUAAUGGUGAUAAUCUUCUUGCUGCUUCUCUUCUGGGAAAAUGAGCUGGAUGAGGAUGCAGUGGCAGCAAGUUUAGAGCAGUUGCAUGUGGAUUACCCUCAGAGUGACAUUCUGAUAAGGUACUGCAACCACAUGAUCAUACAAAGAGUCAUCAAGGAACCCAACAACACCUGCAAAAAAGAGCAUUUCUUCAUCCAUGAGAGGCCUCGAAAUAUCAACAGUGUUUGCAAUUCUCCCAGGAGGGUGCCUUGCCAAAACCACGACCCCGGUCUCUGCUUCCUGAGUGAAAUCGAGUUCAAAAUGACAGUCUGUAAGCUCAUUGAAGGCACCAGAUAUCCUGCCUGCAACUACCGCGUUUUCACCACAGAGGGGUUUAUUGUUGUCACUUGUGAUGACAUGGGGCCGUCUAAAAUCCAGAGAUACCCUGAAUAAUCUGAGACCAGCAUCAGAGUCUGCCGUCCUCUCAUCUCCUCUGUCAGAGGCACUGGUGCUGGUUUUCCUGCACACUGUGGACAUGGGGCCAUGCCUAGAGUGAAAUGCAUUUAUCCUUCCAUUAUUGCUGAGCUGGAAUCUUUUUAUUCUGAUUCAAUUAAAAAAAAAUCUACUGAAUUAAA